CCCCACGACCCCCACUCUCUCCCUCGUCCCCCCACUCUCCGAGAUCUGGAUCAGGAGGCCCGAUGCCGACGCCCCUCGCCGGAGGUGCCAUGCCAUCGCCGCUCGUCGGACCGUCGCGUCCUCGUCUCCUCCCCAACGAGCUACCACGAGCCUCGCCGCCCCGUCCGCGACCGCUCCGUCGCCGGAUCUCGCUGGACAACCUCGCCCCCUUCACCCGCGCCGCCGCCUGGACCUCGCCGGAGCCUCCCCACCGGACCUCGUCGUCUCCUCCCCGAGCCCACCUUGUUCAUCUACAGGCUCAAAACGUUGGAGCCCAGGAGCCAGACGCCACCGUCGACGACGACUACUACUACUCGGGAGGUGCCUACUACUACGUGCAACCCGCUGACGACGACCAUGAGUAGUUUAGGAGGAU